AUGUGGCUUUCUGCAGCUGGAGGCCGAAGAUCUUGCAUGGCAACUUCAAGCCUCCGGGCUAUCGACGGCUAUUUAUAUUCCAAAAAUAAAGUUUCGGGGCUAUUCUCUCCCUUUGGCCUACACAUGAUUUGCGGUGCGCAGGCUUGCGAUGGAAACGUUUGCGGUUGUUUGCUAUUUUUGCAGAUCAUUCAGCCGGGCAUUGCAGGAGUGUGCGGGCGCGCCUUCUUUGGGCACGCUCUGGAAAGCAUGGGUUUGCAGGCUUUUUAUAUGCAAAGAAAAGUGCGGCACAAACAGCAUAGAGACAUGCACAUAAAAACAAAGAGCCGUACUUACAAGAUUUUUAUUUCUCUAUCCAGGCCACAGAGCAAGCUGUGCGCAUGCAACCUGAACGCAGCGCCGCUUAUUCACGAGUUAAUCGCAGCGCUUUUGGCCGCGCCUGCACUCUUGCUUGAUCCGGCAGCGCCCGCGCUCUUGCUUGACCCAGCGGCACCCGCGCUCUUGCUUGAUCCGGCAGCAAUCGCACUCUGGCUUGACCCGGCAGCACCCGCGCUCUGA